UGCUUUUUUGCUGAGAGAACAUGUCAUCCUCAACAACCGCUAAACCCACUUCCAGCACCACUGCUGAUGCGGCUGCGACGUCCCCUGUUGUCGCUAAUGCUGCGAAUGCUGCUGAUGCUGCUGAAGCUGCUGAUGCUAGUGCUGCGGCGGAGGGUGCAUUGUCAGCAGCCGUGCACUCGCUGUCGAUUGCAGUCGGUUCCGUUCCCGAUGCGCUCCUCCCCGCCAAGCUGCAGGAGCUCGCCGAGCACUUCCCCGAGCUCCACGCCACCCUGUCGCCGGGUGUCAUUCUGGCGUGCUCCAAGCGCAGCGACACGCCGUUCCCGACCAACAGCGAGUACAUGGAACACUGGCUCGCAUACUUCCAUGUGCGCAGGACAAUCAUCUGCUUGCAAGAGACCAUCCGUGGAUUGAGCACGUACAACCAAAUCCUGAGCAAGAAUGUCAACGGCGACGCAGACUACAUGAAGCGGGCUGGACGUGUUUUGGGCGAAGUGCUCGAUUUCCUGGCCAAACUCAUGGAAAUGCGCUUGGCUGCGCACGCAUCGCAGAAAGUGCUCGCUCCGCGCCUCGUGCGCAUGUGCCAGGCGUUCAACAUUCCCGAAAACCGCCUCGUGGCCGUCGUGUUCAUCGUGCUGCACUCGAGCGAAAUGUUUGCGUUUGACCCGCGCGACUAUUCCAACGGCGACAUUUUCCUGACGCUGAUGGCGCGGUACACUGGCCUGACCCUGAGUGACGCCAUCCAGUUUGUGGAUCCCAGCCGCUCGUACAUCAAGGAAGGCCUGAUCAACCUGGUUGAGGACGCGCAGUACCGCUACCCUCCGAGCAUCCCGCAGCACGUCUUCCCCAUUCUCUUCACCGAGCACGUGUCGACCGACGUGCGCCUCAAAGUCGACGGAACGACGCUUGCCAAGAUUCUGGACGAGGAAGACGGCGAUGAAGCAACCGCGAGCUCCGCGCAGGACGACGAUCGCAGCGACGACGACGAUGCCAAUGAAGGCCAAGAAUCUGCCGACGAGGGCGAGCAAGCCACUUCAAGUGGCGACGCUACGGUGGGUGAGGACACGAGCGACGACUUUACCCUCGUUGACGCUGGCAAGCACUCGAAGAAGACCAACAAGAAGAAGAAGACGAGCAAAAAGGUGCUAGCUCGCUCCGGCUCGACUGGCGGCCCUCGCGAGCAGGAGGAGGACAAGGAUUUGUACGACUUGCUGCGCGAGCAGCUGCAGUUUGAAGAGGAAGAGCGCAAACUCAAGGAGGCGAGCGGCGAGAGCGCAGAGUCGGCCACCGAUUUGGGUGCCUCGGCCUCUGGGUCUGGUGCCUCGGCCGCAACCGACGAGCUCAAGCCGUACACGACCAACCUUGGCUACCUGAGCGACCACUUUGAGUGGGUGUCGCUGCGCUGCCGUGUCUCCACGACCGAGCGCGAGGUCUCGGACGACAACUUUGGUGUGAAGGAUGUCAAGGGCGAGCAGCAACUUCGCGAGAUGAAGGCCAAGGAGAAGAUGCAGCGCGCCCGUUGUGUCAAGCGCAUGGAGCUCACCGUCAAGGAGGGCACGUGGCUGCCCCGUCUCGAGCGUCUCGUCCUGAUUCUCCAGCUGGACGAUUUCGAGCGUCAAAUCCUGUGGACGCUUGCCGGCAACAAGCUGAGCAACAAGGUCGGCCCCGAGAUGGGCCGCUGGAGUAACCGCGGCUCGUAUGUGUCGGCCUUUACGGUCGGGCAGCUGCUGCACAUGUACUCGGAGGAUUUCGAAGACGAGGUUGGCCGGCGCAAGUACUUUUACAAGAACGCGCGGCUCGUCAAGGAAGGCGUCAUUCGCCUGGCCGAUUCGGUUGUCAGCGGUGAACUGAACAACUCGCAGGUCGAGAUGGACCGCCGCAUGCUUGACUUUGUGGUUGGCCUGGAAACGGAGGUGUCUGAAAUGCUCGAUGGCUCGCACUUGUACACCCCCAACGUCAAGCUCGACCAAGUCAUUCUUGCCGAGGACCAAAAGAAGAUGGUCAUUGACACAGUAACCACCUUUGAGCGCUUCAAAAAGCUGCGCAAGCGCCUUGGCUUUGACGAGUUGGUUCAGGGCGCUGGCAUUCUUCUGAUGUUCUACGGCAAGUCUGGCACGGGCAAGACGAUGCUAGCAAACGCCCUGGCUUCCCAUCUCGGCAAGCGCAUUCUGCUGAUCAACUUCCCGUCGCUUGGCUCACAGCCCGAUCAGGUCAUCAAGUUUAUCUUCCGCGAAGCCAAGCUGACCGACGCCAUUCUGUUCUUUGACGAAUGCGAGGCCCUCUUCAAGUCGCGCGAACUCGGCGGAUCGUCCAACAUCAAUCUGCUGCUGACCGAGAUUGAGCAGCACGGUGGCCUCAGCAUCAUGGCGACCAACCGCCCGGUCGACAUUGACGAGGCCAUGCACCGACGCAUCACGCUCGCGAUCGAGUUCCAGCCGCCGACGAACAAGCUUCGCGAGCAAAUCUGGAAGGCGCACGUGCCCAACACUGGCGUGUUUGACAGCUCCAUUGACUGGCACUACCUGGCCGCCAAGUACGAGCUGGUCGGUGGCCUCAUCCGCAACAGCGUUCUGUCGGCCCUGUCGUUUGCGGUCGCGCGCAGCGAGGUGGACAACUCGGAGGUCAUGAUCACGCAGGCCGAUCUGGAGCGCGGCGCGCUGCUGCAGCUCAAGGGCCGCCUCAACAUGGUCGAUUUCGACCGGCGUGUGGUGCCCACCCGCGGCCUCGAAGACAUUGUUCUCUCCAACGAUGUGCGCAAGCGUGUUGGCGACAUUAUUGCUUUCGAGAAGGCACGCCAAGUGCUCAUCUCCGAGUGGGGCUUCUCCGAAGCCAUGUGUCGCGACCAAGGCACCAGCUGUCUCUUUGUUGGCCCACCCGGCACUGGCAAGACGAUCUGCUCAGAGGCGAUUGGUCUCGAAACAGGCAAGGCUUUGAAGAUUGUCAACUGUGGCGAGCUCGUGUCCAAGUGGGUUGGCGAAACAGGCAAGAACAUUGAGGCCAUCUUCAAGGAGGCGCGCGCCGUCGACGCCAUCCUCGUGUUUGACGAUGCGGAAGGCCUGUUUGGCUCGCGCACCGAGUCAACCAAGUCGUCGACCGACCGCUACGCCAACAUGGACACGAGCAUUCUGCUCUAUCACAUGGAGCGCUUCCCUGGCGUCGUGAUUCUCUCGACCAACAUUGCUGAUAGCAUCGACCGUGCCUUCCUCCGUCGUUUCCGCUUUAUUGUCGAGUUCAAGCUCCCUGACGCAGCCAUGCGUGCCAAGCUCUUCCGUGACCAUCUGCCGACCAAGGUCCCCAUUGCCAACAACAUUGACUUUACGGAUUUGGCCCAAAAGUUCUCACAGUUCUCCGGCGCCAACAUUAAAAAUGUCUGCUUCAAGGCAGCAUCCCGUGCGGCGCUGCGUCCCGCUGAGGAGCGUCGCGUUCUGCUUUCCGAUCUGGAAGAGUACUGCGUGGAAGAAGAGUUUGCAGCGGGCAUCAAGGGUCGUCCUCCGACCGACAUGUUCUCUUGAACACGUUCUUUAAGUGUGUGUGUGUAUGUGUAGGGGGUGGCUCUUUGUUGCGUGAUGUGGGUGUAUGCAUGUAGCACGUCAGUGUUGUAAAAAUCCGAGUCGAUCAUUGGUCAAGUUCAC